AUGGUGGACAAAAUAGACUUUUCAGAAGUACCAAAGGACAGGGGCUAUGACUCUGCUUUUGAGUCAGAUGUUGAGGCCAGGGAGAGGAGGGACACAUACCACGGUUUAGUUGCUGAAAAAAAGAAAAGGGACAAAGUUGCAAAUAAGCGCCAGUUAGAGGAAGAACUAAUCAAAGAGGAGGGCAAAGUUCACAGAUUCCAUGCUGUAGCACUUGAUGCUUAUUCUCGUCACAAACAUUUUAUAAAUAGCUAUCUUCUGUACUAUGGAGGAUCUAAGAAAGAUUUCAGUAGGGACACAUCAAAAGAUAAGAGGGACAUUGAUGUUAUCAGAGAGCACCAUCAGUUUCUCUGGGAUGAAAACGAGGGAGCAGAUGAAACAUGGGAGAAAAGACUAGCCAAGAAAUAUUAUGAUAAGCUUUUCAAGGAGUACUGUAUAGCAGACCUUAGUCGCUACAAGGAAAAUAAGAUUGGAAUGCGAUGGAGAAUAGAAAAAGAAGUGGUCGAUGGCAAAGGUCAGUUCAUCUGCGGCAACAAAAAGUGUGAGGAGACACAUGGCCUGAGAAGCUGGGAAGUCAACUUUGGGUACCUGGAGCAUGGGGAGAAAAAAAAUGCGCUGGUUAAAUUACGUCUUUGCCCUGAUUGUUCUUAUAAGUUGAAUUAUCACCAGAAGAGGAAGGAAGUGCUUCCAAAAACUGUAAAGUCUGAUACCUCACAUACAAGUGGAGCCAAAAGAAAGAAGAGAACAGAAGAGGACGUGUUGGGACCAGGCUCUUCCAAAGAGGCAGAUAGUACAAGUAAAGAGAAAGAAAAGGACGGUAGUCCUGAAUCUGCUGACCUUUGGAGUAAGCCUGGAAAAGAAGCAGAAGAGAAGUCAAGGGAGGAUGAGUUUGACGAUUACUUCUCUGGGAUGUUUUUGUAA